AUGCCCCGCCUCGGCUUCCGGCGCUCUCUUCCGUCACUGUCGUUGAUGCCCCUCCUCGUCCUCUUCGUCGCGGUGGGUGCGGCGGGGAAGGGCGACGGCGGGCUGCGGUUCCAGCGGGAGGGCGGCACGUUCAAGGUGCUGCAGGUGGCGGACAUGCACUACGCGGACGGGCGGAGCACACGGUGCAGGGACGUGCUGCCCGCGCAGCGCGCCGGCUGCUCCGACCUCAACACCACCACCUUCCUCUACCGCCUCCUCCGCGCCGAGGACCCCGACCUCGUCGUCUUCACCGGUGAUAACAUUUUUGGUGAGAAUUCAACCGAUGCGGCCAAGUCGAUGGAUGCGGCGAUCGCUCCGGCCAUUGCCAUGAAACUUCCCUGGGCUGCUGUGCUCGGCAACCAUGACCAAGAGGGUACGCUGUCGCGCGAGGGUGUGAUGCGCCACCUUGUAGGCAUGAAGAACACCCUUGCACGCUUCAAUCCACAAGGAGUAGAAAUCGAUGGCUACGGAAACUAUAAUUUGGAGGUUGCAGGGGUUGAAGGAACACUGCUGGCUAACAAAUCAGUGCUCAACAUGUAUUUUCUUGAUAGUGGUGACUAUUCCACUGUGCCAUCGAUCCGUGGCUAUGGUUGGAUCAAGGCAUCACAGGAAGCUUGGUUCAGGCAAACCUCUUCGAGUCUCCAGCAAAACUAUACGGGUGGACAACCCAGACAGAAGGAGCCAGCACCUGGUCUUGCUUACUUCCACAUUCCCUUGCCGGAGUUUAACAACUUUACGGCAUCCAAUUUCACAGGAGUAAAGCAGGAGAAGGGUAUCAGCUCGGCGUCGAUCAACUCCGGCUUCUUUAACACCAUGGUGGAAGCUGGAGAUGUGAAGGCUGCCUUUGUAGGACAUGAUCACUUAAAUGACUUCUGUGGUAAGCUCACUGGUAUUCAGCUGUGCUAUGCUGGUGGUUUCGGUUACCAUGCGUAUGGCAUGGCCGGGUGGUCAAGGAGAGCAAGGGUGGUGUCUGUGCAACUUGAGAAGGCAGCGAGCGGCGAGUGGCAAGGCAUGAAGUCUAUCAACACAUGGAAGAGGCUUGAUGAUCAACAUCUCACCACAAUUGACUCUGAGGUGCUAUGGAAAAGAAGCUCUAAUAGUUGA